AUGGACAUAUCCGGGAUGGCAUCAACCUUUUCGAGUAGUACCCGUGUCACGCUAUGGUUCACCGAAUGGACAACGACGACAACGGGAACCUACGUGUUGACAAUCUUCUUUCUCUUCUUCUUGGGCAUCUUCAAUCGAUUUCUAAAGAAGCUCGAUCGUGGCGCUCGCGGCCACGCACGACAAUGGAGCCGCACCCUGCGACAACAGCCUCUUGAACUGGACGAUAAAGAGAGGCAAGAAAUUGAGCCUUUGAGUCCGGCAGAGCCACAACUACUAGCAGCUGAGGAAACUGGCAUCUCACGAGACUCAAAUACGUCUCGGAAGAGUUUUUGGAUAGCGCAAGCACCUUGGAGCAUCAAAAAGGACGGGACUAGCGCAGCUCUAGAGUUUGUUCGUGCACUGAUUGGUUACAUUCUGAUGCUUGCCGUCAUGACUUACAACAUCGGCUUUCUAUUCGCUGUUACCGGAAGCGUCCUUUUCGGCGAGCUGUUGUUUGGGCGAUACACACGAGGAGGCUCUGCAAGUAUAGCUGAGGAUGGCUGCCACUCUUGA